AUCCUUAAUUUCUAGCCAGUAGGCUAGGCCUAGACAUUUUACUCCACUCCAAAAAUCCCCACCAUCACCAGAAGGGUUGUAGCACCACAAACCCUAAACCUCACCACCACUCAUUCCCAUGCAUUUCUACCCUUAAACACCCCCUCCUCCCAAAAUGAGCAGCAACGCCACCAGGUUCCUCAUGCUCCUCACCACCACAACCACCAUUCCUUCCCCACUCCGUUACCCAUCGAUCCUCCGCCUCACCCGCCACCACAUUCCUUCAUCUCUCUCCUCCCUUUCCCACCACCACCACAACCUCUUCACUCUCUCCCUUCCUCGCCCUUUAAAAUCCAAUUGCUCCCCUUCCCAGCACCACCAACAACUCCAUACCACUGCCCAUUUCUCCGAUUCCCCUUCCACCUCAACUUCCUUUCCUUCUACCUCCGGGUUCUCCGACCCCUGGCCAGAGUGGUCUAAAUUUGUUAACAACCUCUCUGCGGCCGGUUAUUUUAAUAUCAAGCAUGGUUCUAAUACUCCAAGUGAUGAUCUCACCUCAGUUGAUGAUUUAUCAGAGGGGUUUUUGCGUUCUUGCACUGCUUCCUUAGCUUUCGCGCGUGAUAAACCUCAGGCUUUAGGGAUGCUUUCGAGAAGAGAUAUUGAGGUCGUGGUUCAAAGUGGGUUACCAUUUUUGUUCAAGAAUAGUGACGAUUCAGUGAGGAGGAUGAAGUUGUUUUUGCAUGGAAGUGAUAGUAAUGUGCCAAAUACUGAUAAAGCACGGACAGUGGACCUGAUGAAGUUUCUAUUGAGUUAUGCCAGCAGUUUUGUUUCUUCUGUGAAGACCAAUCUUCAUAAUUUAGAACUUGUGGAGCCAUCUGUUCGAAGUCUCUUUAGUGAGUUGGCUCAGCUGGGCUACAAUGCUGUGGAGGAAAACCUAAAUGGUUCAUUUGGAAAUCAGUUCCCUGAUAGAUAUGGACAAACACCAAGGCCUCGUGGGCAAAAUAUUGAAAUGAAAAGAGGUGACUGGAUAUGCCCAGGGUGUAGUUUCAUGAACUUUGCAAGAAACAUGAAAUGCCUUGAAUGUGAUGAACAACGGCCCAAGAGACAACUUACUGGUGGAGAGUGGGAGUGUCCUCAAUGUGAUUUCUAUAAUUAUGCAAGGAACAUGGUAUGCUUAAGGUGUGAUUGCAAGCGACCAGGAGGUGUUUCACCCAUUAGCACCAGCUCUGGAUCAGACAUAGGAUAUGGCAGUGGGAGCUAUGUGAAUAAAAGUGAUCUGGUUAGCAGGCUGGCUGCCAAUGAAAAGAUGGCACAGCAGAGGCAUGGCAAUGUUUCUCAGAUGGACAGUUCUUUGGACAGGAAUGGUGCCAAAGCAGAUGAAGAUUUUCCUGAAAUAAUGCCAUUGAGGAAAGGGGUGAACAGAUUUGUUGUCAGCACAAGGAAGACUCCACUGGAAAGGAGGUUGGCAAAUUCUCAAUUCCAAGAAAACAUGGGUACUGAUGACACUCGGGAAAGGAAUGAUAAUCAAAGCAUAGGUACAACCAAUCCCCUCAACCAAACUAUCAAUCGGAGCCCUGCUUCACCACUAUUUAGUGCCCCUAGAGGAAGCAAUUCCAAUUAUGUUCCGUUUGUGCCGUUACCUGCUGACAUGUUUGCCAAGAAACCUGAGAACUCAAAGAUGGAGGAGAGGGAGAAGUUGGAGACAGUCAACUAUGAAUCUCUUACUUCAAGCAACGGUGAGCAGAAAGGUGUUAUUUCUGAGCGCAGUGAGCAUGGUAAAUCAAGAGAUAGCUGCCAACCCUCUGAGAUGUCCAUGGACCAGAAUCUGAGUGAUGAUAAUGAGAAAGACGUAGCUGAAAAAUCAGAGAGAUGGUUUAAGAGGGUAGCAGAGUUGCAUAAUGUCACUGAUCUGACCAGUGCAAUUUCAGAUGAUGACUUCCCUGAGAUCAUGCCGUUGCGUAAAGGAGAGAAUAAAUUUGUUGUUAGCAAGAAGAAAGAUAGGUCUCUGACUUCUCCAAUGUACAAGAGACAUGCAGCCAUGGAGCAAGCUAACACCACAAAUUCCGUACCCUUUGUCCCCUUCCCACCCAACUACUUUGCUAAAAAGGAUAAUCAGCAACCAGAUGAGACAGAUUCCCAUGAUAAAGGUGUUAGCGAAACCUCAAGUUCUGCAACUCUGGAGAAGCAUCCACAGAAGUUGGAUGAUGCUAGACUUGGGGUUACCCAUGCAGCUCAGGAGGACAGUACAGGGAGCUGGUCUGGGGAGAAGAAGAGUGAUUUAAAGAAAGGUGCCACUUAUGGGAAAUCGGCAGGUGGAAAUUUUACCCAAAAUUUUAUUGAUCCCCUGCCAGCUGGCAGGGAUAGUUGGAACACUGGAAAUUCUAGGAGUGCGAAUGCCACUGGGACAUCAAAUCAAAUGGGGAACUCAAUGCAAAACUUAAAUAAUUCCCCCGCAAAUACCAAUGACAGCGAGAGUAAUGGAUCUUCCUGGAAAGAGAAUAUCAGUGAGAAGAAGAUUUUCACGGGAACUGCACCUCAAUCAUCUAAGAAUCAGAGUGUUGGGGAUAGCUGGACUGGAAAGAGCUUGGAAGGGUCGGCAGUGAAGGAACCAGAUCCUUUGGACAUGUCUGAAGAGGCCAAGUCAGAAAGGUGGUUCCGACGGGUUGCGCAGAUCAAGGACAUCUCAGAGCUCAGUCAGAUCCCAGAUGAGGAUUUCCCAUCAAUAAUGCCAAUGCGGAAAGGGGUGAAUAGAUUUGUUGUGAGCAAACGAAAAACACCGUUAGAGAGAAGGUUGACAUCUACUCAGUAUAGAAAAAAUCUUCCAAUUGUCAGCUCUGAUCCUGUGAAGGAAAAUGACAGUAGCUGAUAGAAUACAAAGAUUUCUGCCACAAUUUAUGAAUGUGAAAGUCAUUUGUUUCUGUGGAUUGUGCUACAUAAAUUAUCACUCAUAAAGAAAAGAAUAAUUUCUUCGUAA